AUGGCGACCACGAAGGGACCCAGAGUGGACAUCUCUGCUUCACCUGAACUCUACAAGGAACUGGAGCCUUGGUACCAGCAGAGGCCACUUGUGCCCAUGUGCCUCCUUGGAGAGUCCAGACGAAUUUGGGACGUCACAAAGGACUGGAUUCCAGGGGUUGGAGGAACAAGGCUAAGGCUAAUUUGUGAGGAGUGGUGGUCGAGCAGCCAGACUGGGCAAAGGGAUGGUUUAUUUGGUUGCCUGCUUGUUGACUGGUGCCGAUUCAGCAUAGACCGCCUUUCCCUUCUGCUGGUGCCCUCUAGUGUCUCACCUCAGACCUCUCCUCGCUCUCAUCCACUUAAAAAUGAUGACAUUAUAAUACUUAGAAAGAUAGACGUUAUGAACACUGAAGAAAGAAAGAAUGAGACACAGGACGAUAAAAAGAAUACCUCAGUUUCAAGACAGCAAUCAAAUGCUGAUAAGCAUCGCCAGCAGAGAGGAUACUCAAGAUUCAGAAACAACGUUGAGGAAAGAAAUGAUAAAAAGCCAAACCAAGAACCUUUUGGAUUCAAGUCUGGACAAAGCUCUUUAAACAGGCAGCCUUUAAAGAAGCAGGAGACGUGCAAUGAAAAUUCUAAAGCCCAAGCAGUGAUGAAUCAAGGCCAAUCAGAGAGGAACCAGCAUCAAUCAGAAGGAUCUCAAGGCCAAUCAGAAGAAAAUCCACACUAUUCAGAGAGAUCUCGAGGCCACUCAAAGAGAUCUCGUGGCCAAGCAGGGAGAUCUCAUCAUCAAUCAGAAAGAUCUCGUGGCCAAGCAGAGAGAUCUCGUGGUCAAUCAGAGAGAUCUCGUGGUCAAUCAGAAAGAUCUCGUGGCCAAUCAGAGAGAUCUCGUGGUCAAUCAGAAAGAUCUCGUGGUCAAUCAGAAAGAUCUCGUGGCCAUCAGAGAGAUCUCGUGGUCAAUCAGAAAGAUCUCAUGGCAAAUCAGAGAGAGUUCAUGGCCAGUCAAAGAGAUCUCAUGGCCAAUCAGAGAGGUCUCAUGACCAAUCAGGGAGAUAUCAAAGAUACUCACCAGUAG